CCGCCCACUUGCCAACGUCUUCCUUUCAGCCAAUCAGUUUGGACUACUGACCGAACGUCACGAAACGUAAUUAAUAUUCAUAAGCCAAGCCUUCACCAUAGUGUGGUUUAUAUUAUUCUCCUCUUGCUGGUAUUCUCUCGGUUAAGAUGGCUACUAGUCCCAAAAGACCAUCACUGGGGGCAGUAGCCCCUCGUAAAAAAGCCAAUCCAAAGCCUGAACUGACAGAGGAGCAAAGGCAGGAGAUCCGAGAGGCGUUUGAGCUCUUUGACACUGAUGGUUCUGGUUAUAUUGAGGUGAAGGAGUUAAAGGUGGCCAUGAGAGCGCUGGGGUUUGAGCCUAAAAAGGAGGAAAUCAAGAAAAUGAUUGCAGAGGUUGAUAAGGAUGCAACUGGAAAGAUCUCGUUCAAUGAUUUUCUGGCAGUGAUGAACCAAAAAAUGGCUGAAAAGGACUCUAAAGAAGAAAUUCUUAAAGCUUUCCGGCUGUUUGACGAUGACGAGACUGGAAAAAUAUCUUUCCGGAAUCUAAAGAGAGUGGCCAAAGAACUGGGGGAAAACCUCACAGACGAGGAGCUGCAGGAAAUGAUUGAUGAAGCAGACAGAGAUGGUGACGGAGAAGUUAACCAGCAGGAAUUUCUUCGCAUCAUGAAGAAAACAAGUUUGUACUGAAUGUUAUCAGAAGCACAGGAGUAUAACAAAUAUUAAUUUCUAUGUAAACAUAUUAGAGUUUUUUAUCCUUUCACUGUUUUAUGCACCGUACCAUUCCAAAACCUUGAUGCCUGUCAACCCUAGUGGUCAUAUCAGAUCUGUGCGGGUUUGCCAAAUAGCCAAACGUCAGCUGUUUACACACUAUAGUCUCAAAUCUUACCGGUAAAGAUAAAGGUAAACAUAACAGAGGUUGUAGUGAUUGAGUGAGUCAUACAAUGAUGCACUCAAAUAUUUUGUCAAUCUGUCAUUCAUUAUAUGAGCUAAUUUUAUGUUUAAAAAAAAUACAUUUGCAUUAAAAAUAAAGUUUAUUUUUAAGUUUUUUUUAAAUUAUUUUUAAUUUUAAAAAUGAUAAUCACAAAAAAUAAAUGAAAAGUAAGAUACAUGGAUGCUUUACUUGAAAUGCGAAUUUGGAGGGAAAAUGUGCUUAAUUUUCCUGACAAUACAGACAAAAUGUGCUUAAUUUUCCUGAAAUAGCUGCGUUUACAUUCACCCUAAUAAUCGGGCUAGUAGCAGUAUAUAAAGUCACAUGUAACCACUUCAAUCCGAAUAAAUCGACCCAAUCUGAUUUGAAUUUCAUUCAGAUUAUAGGGGGUGGUUUCAAACCUUUCUAAUCCAUUCGAUAGAACAUGUAAACACAUGACUGAAUUGAAAACCGAAACUAGAAUGUUCUGCGCAUGUGCGAGGACAUAGAAAUGACGUACAGACGUAUGACGCACAGAACAAGCUGCUGUCGUGUCAAUCUAAAAAUAAAAUUUUCCUGCCAAUCAUCGUCUGUAAAAUGGUGCAGGACAAUGUUGUCCCACCAGUCCUUGCAUCCACAGACACCUUGUUUUGGGCAUGGGAAAGAGCUUUUUUACUGCUUGAUAAACAUCAGCAGCAAGGCACAAAGCCUCAAGUGCUCAUCGUCUUCUAAUUAGGACCCAAAAUAUAUAAAUAUUAAAGGGAUAGUUCACCCAAAAAAUGAAAAUUCUGUCAUCAUUUACUCACCCUCAAGUAGUUCCAAACCUGUAUGAAUUUCUUUGUUCUGCUGAACACAAAGGAAGAUAUUUGGAAGAAUGUUAGUAACCAAACAGAUUUCGCCCCCCCCCCAUUGACUACCGUAGUAGGAAAAUAAAUACUAGGACAGUCAAUGGGGGGGCGAGAUCUGUUUGGUUACUGACAUUCUUCCAAAUUUCUUCCUUUGUGUUCAGCAGAACAAAGAAAUUCAUACAGGUUUGGAACUACUGAUGACAGAAUUUAAAUUUUUUAGGUUAACUAUCCCUUAAAGUCUGCCUUUUAAAACAAACAAAAAAUAAUGAUAAAAAAAGAAGCGAUGGUGAGAUGAUGUACGCACCAACAGCGGAUUUCAAAAGAUUCAUUUCAAAUAUGAAGCUUGUUACAUAAAUCAACCCGAUCACUUAUUUAGAGUUCAUGUAAACAGUAUGUUCGGAUUCAUCAAUUGGAAAUUAAAGGCGUCCAUAGCUACUGUCACAAUAUGAAGAAUUAAAAUGUUAAAUGUAUUUUUUCAUAUGCACUGAUAUAUACAUUUAAGUUUCUGCCUUGUGUUUUUUUUAAAAGUAUUUAUGAAUAGUAUAUCACUUAUUAAACAAUUCAGAGACCUGUUGAAUGAUUAUUAUAUUCAAGUUUACAAUCCCUUCUGUUGACUUUCACUGCGCUUUCAGGGAUGUCUGUACUACAGCCCUUCUCUGUGCCUCAGCUUCAAUAGAGGAGAUGUCUGCAGUUUUAGUAAAUACAUACGGUGAUCCUGUGGUAUUUUUCCUAUUUGCACCAUCUCUCUUUAAAAUUAGUUUCAUGUUUUUUUUAUUUUUAUUUGAGAUGCUAUUUAAGUAUUAUUUAAAAUAAAAUAAAUUAUAUUAAGCAGCCA